CCAGACCGUAAGCGAGCGACAGUCGCUGCGGCUUGUUUAUUGCCAACUCUGCCUUGGCCCGGUGCGUAACGGUUUCGGUAACGAGUCGGACCAAUAUGAAUGGCUCUUGGUUUGGUUUCUUCUUGGUUCUUGAAAGUGACGGAAAAUGUUUGACAAUUAGCGAAAGUAUAUGUAGUGAAAGAAAAUCGAAUUUGAAAGAGAAAUAAAUACAAUUUGUGCGUGAAUUUAGACUGUGAUUUUCCAUAUCAUUGAAGUAAGAAGAGUGAAGAAAAGGAAGGAAAUACGAGUUAGAAACUAGAAAUGGAUAUCAAAGCGUCUACACCGCCAGCCGCGACCGUUCUCGAGACUGCAAUCCCACCGCUCGGCUCACCCUCCAUGGAGGUCAAGGCCCACAAGGUGGCAGCGGGUGGAGGAGCCGGCACCCCAGCAUCGGCGGCCGCGUCAACAGCAACCACCACGGCCACAUUCCAGCACAUCUUCGAGCAGCUGGUGCAGCAGAGCGGCGGCAAACUGGCGCCCAAACUGGCGCCCAAGCAGCUCGAGCACCUUCGACACCUGCUGGGCAACGUGCGGGGCGCCAAGAACCUGCAAUUUCUCGUCGAGAAGUUCAAGAACUUCGAGCAGUUCCACGAGCACUACGCCGAACAGCUGGCAUCCAACAACAACACUGUGAUCUCUGCGGAAGAUAGCAACGACUUGCUGAAGGACAAUGCAAGGAAAUUCGGGCCUGGCGGACAAACGCUGCCACCACGCCACACAAUCGACGCUAUUCUGGGCCUGAAGAACCGCAAUGGCAAAGCGGAAGCGGACGGGGAUGGAGACAUGGACCCCGCAAUGGGCGAUGAGGAUGCCUCCGAUCUGCGCUGUGGUAUGACGCUGACGCAGCAGCGAAAUAUGGAUCAGCACAUGGCAAGCAUGCUGCAGCAGCACGCCAAGAACGGAGGAGUCUUACCCUACGGCACACCAACUCCUCCCGGUGGCGGCCAGCAGCAGCAGCCGCACCAUGGCGGGCAGAUGCCAGGCCCGCCACCCCAGCCACAGCCACUUCCACAGGCCGGCCACCUCCACCAGCCCCACCAUGCCCCGUUCGGCUAUCAUAAUGCUUUCGGUUUCGGGCAGAGUCAUGGGUAUGGUCAGCAGGAGGACGCGGCUGGCAAUUACCUCAGCUCCAUGCACCAAAUGGUCGAGGCCAAUCAAUUUCAGACCGCUCCUCAGCCUCCGCCGGCGGCCCCACCGCCACCUCCGCCCAAUUCCUAUGGCAGCCACCAGCAGCAUUUGGCAGCACUGGUUGCGCAUGCGCAGGAGCAGCACCAGCAGCAACAGCAGCAGCAUGGAAAGUAUGCCAAGUCAUCGCACACGACAGCAACUGCGGCGGCGGCUCCUCCUGGAGGCUACUUUCUGGAAGACCAGACGGCGCCACAGAUGGCCAGAGGCGGCGACUACGUCGAGCGUUCAAUGUCCUCCAGCAGCGAGAUGGAGGAGGACGAGGAUGAUGCGGCAAAGAUGCAGCUCGACAGUGACCAAGGCAACAUCGAUGUGACCACGCCGCCCACACCCGGCGACCGAGGCCUAGCCAGCAAGCGCAAGUACUGUGAUGAGAACGAGACGAAAUUAGCCAACAGCCAGCAGCAGCAGUCACAGUUGGCCAAUUACGCCAUCCGAGCUCGGAACCUGGACGAUGUGCAACAGCAGCAACAGCCCCAUCAGCAGCAGCAUCCGCAGCAGCAACAGCAGCACGAGUACCGGAGCAGUGGCAACAAUGCAGCCGAACAUGGCGAUCGUCUGGCUGGGGACACUGAGAGCCUGGUCAACGGUAGCUGCGCCUCCAGUGAGGAUCUCAACCAGACCAACAGCAGCGAGCAGGGCGAGAAAAUCACAUCCGGCAGCGAUGAUGAGGGCCAGGACGACAACUGUGCCAAGAAAAAACACCGUCGGAACCGAACCACUUUCACCACCUACCAGCUGCACGAGCUGGAGCGGGCCUUCGAAAAGUCGCACUACCCCGAUGUCUACUCGCGCGAGGAGCUGGCCAUGAAGGUGAACCUACCCGAAGUGCGUGUCCAGGUCUGGUUCCAGAAUCGUCGGGCCAAGUGGCGUCGCCAGGAGAAGUCGGAAAGCCUGCGUCUGGGCCUGACGCACUUCACCCAGCUGCCUCAUCGACUUGGCUGCGGAGCCUCUGGUCUGCCAGUGGAUCCCUGGCUGUCGCCGCCGCUGCUGAGUGCCCUGCCAGGCUUUCUAUCGCACCCGCAGACGGUGUACCCCAGCUAUCUGACCCCACCGCUGAGUUUGGCGCCCACAAACCUUACGAUGAGCAGUUUGGCGGCCAUGGGACACCAUCACGGUCAUAAUGGACCACCGCCACCACCGCCCGGCCACGGACACGGACUCGGACACGGGAGUCUGGGACACGGGCAUGGGCAUGGACAUGGCCAUGGGCAUGGCCAUAACCAGCCCCAGCCACCCCCGCCGCCGGGUCCACCCCAUCCCCAUGGAUGCCAUCAUGUGGUGCCGCUGUCCCAUCUCCCGCCGCACCUGUCACGCAUGUCACCGCAUGCCACAUCGCUGGGCUCCCCCCACCACGGACUGACGACCGCCAGCCUGCCACCCACCACGACGACCGCAGUCUCGUCCUCUUCCUCCUCCUCCGCUUCGCUGGAGUGCAGCGGUCCGGAAAUCUGCAUGUCGCCGCAGAACUUGAGCCUCUGCAACGCCGACUCCAACGGGGAGGCGCGGGACAGCAGCGACCUGGAUGCCGGCAGCAGCAGUAGCAACCACGGCAGCGGCCUGGACAAGUGCGCGACCAAUGCCAGCAUCGAGCUGCUCGACGUGGGCCGGGAGAGUCCGCCACCACCUCCGCAAGCAUUGGUGAAGCACUCCUCGUCUCCGCCGGCGGACAUGCGGAGCAAUUCGAUAGCCACGCUGCGCAUCAAGGCCAAGGAGCAUCUAGACCAGCUCAACAAAGGCCCUGUGUCCAUGGUCUAGCCACAGAAGGUUCCUAGCAUCCGCAUUGCGUCACCAUCACCUGCACAGCAAUUCCAUUCCUCCCUUAAUCUUAGUUCUUCUUAGUUCAGCUCCAAUCAAAAUCAUCUCAAAUCAGCUAUGUUUUCUAUCUUUAGUCAUUAGUAUAGAGAAUUACAUGUUUUAAGUCUUUGUUUUAGUUAUCUACAUGCAUUCCGGCCGUGGCGUACGUUUGGUCCUCAGAAAGACCAAAAUAACCUGCCUACGGCACUGCAAACUGCAAGCCAGUGCCAGUGAAAGAGUUUCCUAUAUCGUUCAACAGAACUGUGCAGAAUGUAAUUUUAAAAUUUCCAUUAAUUCAACAGCAAAGGACAAAAAAAUAAGUCUAAUCAUAAAGCAUAUUAGCACAAAAUAAAUAUA